GUGUGUUCUGCUCUCAGGCUCCCCCCUCAGCGCCAGUGUGUGUCGUUUGAAGAACCGGAGAAAAGCUCGUCCGACCUCCUAUUGGGCGUAAGUCGUUCAUCUGUGCCAUCAAACCUUUCUCGCCAGUUUACUCAUUCCCUCACUCUCUGAACGAGAGGAGAGAGUCUCUUAUACAGAAACUAAAAGGGAGUCAUCAGGUAAAAGGCGAAGACUUUGGAGUUCUUGAAUUGGAGAUGUGUUUCGGUGAAGCCUUUUUUUCCAUAAAGACUCAUGAUUGUCCAGUAAAAGAGCGGUAAUUCCGCCUGUUUUGGAUCCACAUGACACUGUACUACGGAUGAAGAAAUCAAAAUCGAUCUAUGUGUCGAGCAUAGACUGAUUUUUCAUGGUCAAGACUUAACCCAUGUUGGUUAUAGAGAAUAUCUUGGGUUUCGUCAGUUUGCGUCAUGACUUCCAGCUAUGCUCAUGUAAUGGACAGACAAGCCACGCUACCUAGCCGACUGGAGGGUCCGAUCAGCGCAAAUCAGGAUCAUUUGCAGGCAAAGAAGAACUUUUCCGUGAGCCACCUGUUGGAUCUGGAGGAGGCGCGGGAGAUGGUGGGGGCUCAAGCGGAGGAGAGCGCAGGGGAGGCGGGCAGGAGUAUGCUGGAGUCCCCGGGACUGACCAGCGGCAGCGACACGACACAGCAGGAGAAUGAGCAACUCAACUCAGAGGAGAAGAAAAAGCGUAAACAGAGGCGGAAUAGGACCACGUUCAACAGCAGUCAACUGCAGGCUUUAGAGAGAGUGUUUGAGAGGACGCACUACCCUGAUGCUUUUGUCAGGGAGGACUUAGCACGCCGGGUCAACCUCACCGAAGCUCGAGUGCAGGUGUGGUUUCAAAAUCGGCGGGCUAAGUUUCGGCGAAAUGAACGUGCAAUGCUGGCCAGUAAAAAUGCCUCAUUGCUCAAGUCUUUCUCAGGAGAAGUAACAGCCGUAGAGCAGCCCAUUGUCCCACGACCCGCUCCCAGACCCAAUGACUACCUGUCCUGGGGCAGCUCACCGUCGUACAGCGCCAUGGCAACUUAUUCUCCAUCAUGCGCUGCCAACAACACAGCCCAAGGCAUGAAUAUGGCCAACAGUAUCGCCAACCUGAGACUGAAGGCCAAAGAAUAUAGCCUGAACCAGGUGCCCACCGUCAACUGAAGCGGACAGCAGGGCUGUCAGAGACUCUGAGCCACAUGUCAGAGAACAAUCCCAAUUUCCUGACAAAACCGGCCCCAAACUAUUGACAUUAAUGUUGUUUUCUGUCCUCUUCUACGUGUUUUACUCUUAUCCAUCAAGCAAAUGAAGCAAAAGAGAAUUUCUUCAAGGUACAGAGCUUUCCUAAACCAAUGAUUUACAUAAGGCUGUCAUGUUCUUGGUAUGUGGGAAAAUGACAUGUGGGAAAAUUCAGUUGUGGAAAGCACAAAAUGGAAUCUUUCUCUGUUCACACUCACUGUGGCAGCAUGAGUGUGGUCAUCCCGUUUGAAGACCGCGGCUUACUAUAGAUUGCUUUCUCGAGACUGUUGCUGACCACAGGGAUUUGAUGACCUCUGUGGAAUCCAUGUACUUCAAUCUUGUGGACAUCUGGGAAGUUUUUAGGAUUUCCCCUUGAUUUCUCCUUGGAACUCAUAAAUAUGCACUGAGGCCACAAAGUGGGAUUUGGAUAUUUUGAUUAUUUGGAACCGGGUGAAAUUUGGCUUCCUUGUUACCGUACUCUAAAAUCACUCUUCGCUGUUUUCAGUUUAAAACAUGCCAGGGUUAUUUGUUCAUUUUGGCAUACACAGAACUCAUGUAUGCAAGUAAUGAAUUUGGAGCCUAGUUGACUUUACCCAUUUAUAUUGUCUAAAUAUAUAUAAACAUGUAAUACUCCUUUGCAAUAAAGAUGUCCAAGCAGUGUAA